AUGCAGAGAGUCAGGGAUUCAGAGCACUGUCACUGUUGUGCUCGAUCUUUCCGAACAAGUGACGAAGAAAUCGAGAGCGAAACAUUCAGUGCAUUUGCCGAGCUUUGGGAUCGGUCGUGGUUCUCGAGGCUAUGGGUGAUCCAAGAAGCGAAUACUUAUCUCGACAAGGUCAACAUGUACUGCGGCUCACACUGGGUACGGCUAGAGCGAUAUCUCUCGGUACUCAGCUUCGACUUCAUCGGCGCUCGUCAUCUAGAUGGAUCAGAUGUGGUGCUAGCCAAGAAACUCCGUGGCCAACAUGACGACGAAUUAAUGAUGAGGCAUCCGCAAAAGCAUGCUGCCAUGUACCCAAAAGCUUCCUGGCGCAAAUUCGCGACCAGAUCGUCACGGAAAUGCAGUGCUUUUA